AUGGUGGUGGUGUUGGCAACAGGGCAUCGAGCCGGGCGGUAUGGGUAUCCAAAGGAAUGGCGCAACAGCCGAGGUCAGUCGGGCAAGGGUGAACCAAGAGGAAGGUGCGCUGCUCAGUUGCUAUCGCCCGCCCGAUUUAUUUACGUAGAUUCAACUUUUUUUUUAUGUACCGGAGAAUAUUAAAUUAGUUAAAAAGUCGACACAGUCUUUGAUUUUCUUCUGGAACUCGACCCAAGCUCGGCGAGCUAUCGCAUUGGCGCUCAACUUGCGGCCGGAAGACUGA